AUGUCUUUUAACAACCAGUUUCUGAGCUAUCCCAAUAAUUUCAAUGGCAAUAACAAUGCUAGUGGCAUCUCGUCUUCAGCCACCAAUGGUCAUCACCAGCAACAGCAAAGACAUAUACAGCUGCAACAACUGCAACCUCCCAACAGUACCAGACAGCUGCAACCGUAUCUUUCAGCUGGUAGUGGUAGUGGCAGUGGAGCUGGUGGUACUACUGGUGGUAGUGGAGCAGUUGGCAAUGCCACUAGAGGUGGCGCUGGUGGUGGUGGUGCAGCAAACUCAUCUUCGUACUUUACCAGGAGUGCAAGCUUAGGCGUCAAUCCAAAUUCGACUCCAGCCAGUGCCAACUCGUCGCGGAAUGUCCCCGGCUUGGCUCCUUCUGGGAUUGCCUCGCGAUCCAACUAUGGCGUGUCGUCCUUGGCGGGCACGACUUCGGCGCAUGCAUCUCCAUAUUCGAUUUCUCAGCAACAGGCGCAGGCCCAGGCUCAGGCUCAGGCUCCCCAGAAUCUUUAUUUCCAUCAACCUUUGUCGUCUAGUGGGUCGGCUGGUCAUCACUCGCAUUCAAACACUCCACAUUUUUUCAAUCCCAUGUUACAUAACGAGCAUCCUCAGCAAUUGGACCCAAAACAACUCCAGAAAUUUGCGCCUCACCAACAACAACAACAACAGCACCAACAGCACCAACAACAGCAACAGUACCAGCAACAGCCUCCGUACUAUCAAGCUAAUCAGCACCACCAACAUGCGCCAACAGCAACUCCACAAUCGAUCUACUCAAACUCCUCAGCUUCUGCGCAACAGCAACAACAGCCACAACAACAACAACAACAACAACAAGUGCAACAACUGCAGCAAGCAGCUGCCGUGGCGACUGCUCAACAACAGUAUCAAGCACAGAAGCAAAAACAACAACAACAACAACACCAGAGCGCUUCGCCUCGUGUUACUCAGGCAACUGCUUCGAGUGCCCAGAAAGGGAGUGGGUCCAACGCCAAAAACGCAGCUCAGCAACAGCAACAGCAGCAGCAGCAGCAACAACAGCAGCAACAACAGCAGCAACAACAACAACAGCAGCAACAACAACAACAGCCGCAAGUUCAGCCAGAGAAGAAGCCAAGGAAAAAAAGAGCUACAAAGAAGGAGAUGGAGGAGAAAAGACGACUUAAACUUGAACAGGAAGAACAACUCAAAGCUCAGCAACUGCAGCAACUGCAUUAUUCACCAUCGACUUUGGUGAGAGAUGGCACUCAGCAGCGACUGCAACAACAGGCACAGUCACGGGCGCAGCCGCAAGUAGUCGUGAGCUCGACCGGUGCUGACGGCAAAAAGAAGAGGGGCCGUCCAAAGAAGUUUAUUCUUGACCCCUCUAGCAACUCAUUGAUAGACUCGACUCAUCCAAACUUUAAGCAAUUGAACAAAAUCUUGAGAGAUAGAAAUGACGGCAAUGGCGAAGUUAAUGCAAACACGGCAUCGGACCAAUACAUGGCUGCCUACCUUAACAAUUCGCAGCAGCAAAACCAUGCACUUUCACAGCAGUACACUUCCAAUGCGAACUCCGCCAACACUAGCGCCACCAACAGUGCCGCUGGACUUCCUCAUGACCCAACGAGAGUUCUUAAUAGAGUAGUCAUUUCAGAAGACGGUGUUCCUGUCCCUGGCCAGUUCAUCACUGAUAUCAACCCUAAUGACUUUCAGCAAAUGCUCAAGAAGAAAGAUCGAAGAGGCAGACCUAGAAAAUUCCCCAUCGAGCAAACGGGAGUCGUCAUUCGAGGAAUCAAGGUCCAAGGUGGAAUCACGAAGAAAUAA